AUGAGCGCCACAAGGACAUUAUUUGUCACCCUCAUCCGCACCCACCACGUGACCAGCCGGAAGAAGCUUCAACGCGUCAAGAAAGCAGCCGCGCACUUCGACAUCCCGUUUGUCCUGGUUAGAUAUGGCGGCUCCCCAGGCCUCAUGUACGCCGAGAGCUCUGAGGACUCAAAUCUGAGCUCGUGGGUCAGCGCCGUCAAGGAUUUGAGAUACAAAGACUUCCAGUGUGUGUGGAAGCCCGAGGCAACGCAGGUGAACGAUGGCUCUGAGACAUCAACUGUGCCUUCUGGGACCUUUAAUGAGACCGAAUCGAUUUCUUCUUUCGGUCAAGUCAUGGACCAGAAAGGACUGGGCGAGUGGUUCAAGGUUGGUCUGCUGAGCAAGCGGGCUGGUCAGUUUGAUGAGGACGGUUGA